GGUACAUACCCACCCACCUACCCACCUAAUCUAGUGGUAACAGCGAGUAUCGUAGGCGAUGCUUCCUCCUUACCAAAUUUCGAGUUUCAAACUUCAACAUUGAAACUUUCACGAAUUCGUCCUCUUGGGACUCUACGACACCGGCGACAACGUAGUAUUACAAUUACAGCUACUUUUCUGUCGCUGUCACAUUCAAAAGAGAAAACCACAAAAUCUACUUGAUGAACGGAUCGGGUGCCAUGCAAGGAAAUGGAUCUGGGCCCGGCUCCGGCGCAAUAGCCGUUGGUCCUACGCCGGCAGGACACCAAGCCGAGCUGAACAUCAUUUACGGCAUGGUAGAAGAGCUGUCGCGUCAGCUUGCCGAGAACCGACGUGUGACGGAAGAUAUUGUGUCUGGCCUAGGAAGAGUUCGCAAUCGUGCGCGAGAGCGAGGCUUGACGAAUGAUCAGGUGCUCGGAGAAGCUGCCGAUGAAAUAUUUGCACAGGAACGCAAUGUCGAAGCUCUGAUAUCCAUCUUAUCCGAAUCUCUCGAGCGCGCCAAAAUAUCUCGCGAUGCCAACUUCAACCUCCUUACCAAUUACGCCCGCGUUCUCUCCACCAUCCUCUCCCAAUUCCACGCCUACAAGCAAAAGCACAUCGCAGACGUUUCCGCCUGGCACCACUCGUACCGAUCACAGCUAGCCGAGGCUCGAGAAGAGAACUCCCGUCUACGAGAACAGAUCUGGGAGAUGCAGGAACAUGCGGGUCGAGCCAAUCAGAUGCUGCGUGAGUUUCGCAAGAAGUACGACGAGAAUGAGGAGCGCUGGGAAAAGCGCGUUGAUGAUAAGGCCCGAAGACAAGAGAUCCGCUUCUGGAAACGCAUGGCCAUGCCUGAUGUUGCUGACACCGAGGAGGGCUACUGGAGUGACGACGACGAUAUCGUAGACCCCGCAGAGAAGGAGAGGCUAAAGGAGGUCGAACGGAAGGUUGCCGAGGCCCUUGCACGCGCGAGCAGCGCCGGUAGUCAGGGAGAAGAUUCUGAGGGAGACGGAAGUGAGCCCCAUUGCAUAUCAUCGAGCAUUAUUGGCGGCGUGCCCAUGGAGAGGGACAGGGACGGAAGCAGCAUGGUUGGAAUUAUACCGGUACCUCCGCCACGACCAUCUAGCACAGGUAGCACGGGAAGUACGGGGGCGCAAGCAGAAUAGUAGUGAUUGGUACUAAGUUUUUCACGUGGGCGUUCUUAUCGUUCGUCGCGAAGGCUUAGUUCUUCUUGGUUGAUGCUUGUAAUCCUAGACUUUAGGGCAGAGUGUAGCGGUAAAGAUGGCCUCUAUACUACUCUAAUCUCGAGGCUGAAGUUCAGGCACCAACAACGAGGGAUGAAAGAAGUCACAUGAUAAUUGAAGACGGAGAUACUAGCACGUGAGCAUGAGGCGCCUACAUAGGUAGUACACUGCCGAGGAACUCAUCCAAUCCUAUGUAGAUACAUACCUAGUAUGAAUUACCUGGUGGGAUUACUUGGCAGUAGAUGUUGGCAAUGCACUGUCAUCAGGGGUUUUUUUCUUAUAUAUUCCUUUGGUUAAAAGUCACGAUAUAUAGGUAUUUGGUGUUUGUAGGCUAGUAUCGUGAAUUAGUUCUGAAACUGGAUUACCUAUAUCAACUUAUAAGCAUCCUAGUCACACGCAAUUACAUAUGUAUGAGUGUAUUGUAACUAGGUACCUACCUACAUAGUGGCUACAUACCUAAUAACCGUGCCG